AUGUACAAGAUGAGGAAACAGUCGUUCGCACUCUGGCUGCUCUCGGUGUUCGCCGUAACCGCUCUACUGGCAGCUGCGCCGUCAAAGGCUCAUGACGAACUUUCUUCCGGAAACGAGUUCUCUUCCGAGCACGGAGACAGUCCGUGGACGCCAGGCUCGGACGAUACCAGCAGCGCCAACUCGAACGAGAUUCCUGCUCGAGACGCUGUUCCUGAAAGGAAACACCGUGAAGUAUCUUUGCGCAUCGCACGCCCAUCACGACGCCCUGCAGUCGCUUCAGGUGCAAAGCUAGGCCAUGUGCCUACGCAUAGAGAUGCAUUGGGAGUCGAGUGGGGUCCCUAUCCGGUUCAUGCAUCCAAGUUUCAGCUGCACUUCUACCCACUGCACGAGCCGACCCUGGCAGACAUCUACCAGCGCGACCAAUCGAUGCCGGUCGCCUUCGCCCCUCCGUCCAGGCGAUUUGCCUCAAGAUAUCCCUGGCUGCCAGCUGUGUAUCGUCCCGAGCCUGAGGUGCUACAACGUCUUCGUUCAAAGAUCCUCGGCCGACUUCACAGCACGGGAUGGAAUGCCAAAGAGGUGCAUCGCAACCACCCCGGAUUCCUCCAAGGCAUGUACCUCUGGCCUCCGCUCGAGAACUCGCUUUCCGGCUACCAAAUGCCGAAAGAAAUUCUCGAGAACCAUUUGCUCAAGAUCCCACGCGAUCGACUGCGGAGGGUCAUCAAAGCGCCACCAAACUUGUAUCUGUUCACCGUUGACUCUUCGACGGGACCGCGGUCCAUCUUGGGAACAACGGUCGUCAAGAAUGAGGCCUUGACGCCGAUUCAUGGGCAGCGCCGUCCCGAGUCGGUGCUCUGGCUCUUUUACGAGCGCAGACAGCCCCCACAUCGAACGAGAAAGAUGACAGCGUUCUUGGGCGCCAUGUUUCUGCCAAAGGGCGCACAGCGGACUCUCUUGGGAUCCGGCGACAUCACGGUCUUCAAACAUCUUUGA